UAGUAUAUGUAACUGCAAAUACCACCAUCACUGGAAUGUCAAACACAGAAGGUGAAGAUGCAGAUAGACUCUAAACAGCUGGAAAGGUCACUUUGGAAAAAGCUUCAAUAUGGCAUCUCCUGCCUUGUUCGGGCCCACAGCCACAACAUGGAACGGCGCGGCGUCCAACGCCACGUCGACCAGUGGCCGGGUGGACUUUUACUACGGCGUCCUUCGCAACACGCCUCAUGACCGCGUGUGUGACUUGGUCGCUGCGUCGUACAAGGAAGACCCAUUGCACACCCUCAAGAUCGUGGCGUACCUUCGCGACUGCCGCGGAGGCAAGGGGGAGCGCACGGUCGCUCGAUUUGCACUCGAGUGGCUGGCCAUUCACCAACCAGUUGAGCUCACGUACAACUUGAAGCAUUACGUGGCCGAAUACGGUCGCUUCGACGACCUCUUGGCCUUGAUGGGCACCCCCGUGGAAUCGGCGGCCCUGAACGUGUUCGCAAGCCAACUGCGUGACGAUCUCGAUGCCCUGAGCCAAGGUCAACCCGUGAGUCUGUGCGCCAAGUGGGUGCCGUCCGAGAAGAAGGCCGGUGACAAGGCCACCCGCGUGACUACAAAACUUGCGAAAUGCAUGGGCCUCACGUGCGCCGCCUUGCGCAAGACGUACUUGUCUCCUCUGCGGGCGUCACUGCAGCUGCUGGAGCGAUUCAUGUGCGCCAACGACUGGGCCGGCAUCGACCUCAACAAAGUGCCCAGUGUGGCCAUGCACAUCCACGGCAAGCCCAAGCACGCGUUCGAGCGCCACCUGACCGACAAGUUUGUCGAGUGGAAGGCGGGUCUCGCCAGCGGCCAGUCCAAAGUCAACGCGUCGGUGCUGUUUCCGCACCAGGUGGUGCAGCAGUACUACAACAAGUCGGACGUAGCCGUGGACGCCCUCGUGGAGGCUCAGUGGCAAGUGAUGCUGCAGCAAGCACGGGAGCUGGGGACGCUGUCGCGGACGUUGGUCAUGUCGGACGUGUCGGGGUCCAUGUCUGGCUUGCCCAUGCUCGUGUCGAUCGCGUUGGGACUGCUCAUCUCGGACGUGGUCGAGGACGACUUCAAGGGGCUCGUGCUCACGUUCGAAAGCACCCCCCAGUUCCACGUCGUGCGGGGUGACAACUUGAAGGAGCGUGUGGCUAGCCUGGCGGACGCGCCUUGGGGCGGCUCCACCGACUUCAUUGCGGCGCUGCGGCUCAUACUGACCACAGCCGUGGCCAAGGGCGUCACCGCCGACUCAAUGCCCGCGCGGUUGAUUGUCGUGUCCGACAUGCAGUUCGACCAAGCCGACCGCAGCUUUGAAACCAACUUCCAUGCGCUCCAGCGGUUGUACAGCAAGGCGGGGUUCGACAUGCCCCACCUCAUCUUUUGGAACGUGCAAGGCGCUGUCACAGACACCCCCGCGCUGGCGUCGGAAGCCAACGUGUCACUGCUGUCGGGGUUUUCGCCCAGUGUGCUCAAGGCGGCGUUGACGGGGGAGACUGUCACGCCCGUGCAAACCAUGAUGAACGCCAUCUUGGACGCUCGUUACGACCUCAUUCGUCUCCCGUCUCACGACUCCAACGAGCCGGACGCAGAGCUCGUGUAGCCUACUAGGGUCACUUAUUUAUUCAAUACAUUCGAUUCUCUCA